AUGGGAGAGACUUGGCUGGGCUCCCACUUUCCUCCUCCCACAGCCCCACCUCUCCGGGUUUGCUUAACUCCCCGCCAGACCAGCUGUGGGGCCACCAUUCCUGUCCCCAUCCCUGUCCCCACCAUGCUCCGGUUGCUGCUGCUCUGCGGGGCCCUGGGCUGCGGGGCAGAGCGGGCGGCCCCGCUCGCCUUCACCAUGCUGCAGCGGACCCGCGUCUCCAAAGGCAGCUCCGUCUUCUGGGGGAACGCCAGCCUGGACGGGCAGCUCAGCCAUCUCCUGGAGGGGCUUAAUGUCACCCAGGUGCUGCCACUGGAGCCCCCGGAUGCCUGGGCCAGGCGGCAGCAGGACGUGAUCACCUACCUGAACUACUUCGGCCAGCUGGUGAUGUUCUUCGUCAAGGAGAGGCCCAUCAACUACACCCAGAGCCUGUGCUGCCACCUGGGCUGCCGCCUCUUCCCCAACGGCACGGCGCACAGCUUCUACGAGGUGACCCUCAACGGGACGGCUUUCCUCAGCUUCCACGUCCCCAGUGCCACCUGGCAGCGGCGCUGGCCCGGCAGGGACGCGGUGGCCGCCUUUGCUGAGAGGGAGCUGAUGAAGUACUCCAUGACCACCCAGGACCUCCAGCAUUUCCUCAACACCACCUGCGUUGGCAUCCUGCGGGCUCAGAGCGCCAGGACGGGGAAACAGAGCAGCCGGUCGCACACCCCGCUGGUGCUGGGGCUGAUCCUGGGGACCUUUGCCUUGCUGGGCAUGGCCGUGGGGAUCUUCUUGUGCACGGGAGGGAGCUGCUAACGGAGCCCACAGCUGUCCCACGUCACCCCACGGGAGGCAGGGGAUGGACCCAUCGUCACCCUGAGGAGGCAGGGACUGAGCCCGUGCCCUGCAAAGGAGACAGCUCCCCAGCACUGCAGGCUUUGCUCCCAAAGGAUGCCGGUGGCUUCCCUGCUCAGUCCCAGCUGGGUUGAACCCCCCCUCCAGCAGCAGCACCCCACAUCGGUCUGACACAGUGCACUGAGACUUUAUGCAGAAAUACACUUGGCAGAUACGGGAAAAAACGGGGAGGAGAGGCCUGGGGCGGGGGGGGGGGAGGGGGGUGGAAAGUGGCAGGAGAAACAACCAAGGAAGAGUUAAAAGCAUGGCAUUGAAACUCUCAUUUAUCCCAGUUCCAGUGGGGAUAACGCAGGGAAGGAAGAAUGUCACACCUUGGUGGCACUGCUUUGAGAUGUCCUGUAAUAAAACCACCCAUCAGCUCUCA